ACUAUGGUAACUAAGAGAAACAAAACAAAAUGGCCGGUCUACCGAGAGAAGUAUUAAAGUGGCUGCAAUCUUUGGAUUUAACUUGGCAAAUACAAAAUGCUAAAUGGGAUCUAUCAAACGGAUAUUUGCUUGGCGAGAUAUUUUCAUGGUACUAUCCAAAUCAAAUCUAUCUUCAUUGUUUCAACAAAGGAUCAUCUUAUAGUAAGAAAUCAUUGAAUUGGGAUUAUCUUAAAGAUUUUUUUAGAAAGCAUAAGAUAAACCUACCAAAUGAACUAAUAGAGGGAACCAUUCAUUGUAAGGAAGGAGCAGCUAAUUCCUUGAUAAAUUUUCUUUACGAAAUGCUUACAAACAGACAAGUCAAAAGAUCUGCCCGCGAAUGUGAAAUUGACUUUUCUGAUAGAUCUUAUCAAUUGAGAUUGCCUAUGCACGCUAGAUCAACUGCAACAAAAUCCGUUAAAAACAACAUAUCUAAUACUGAAAUUUUGGCCUACCAUAAUAUAAUUAGUGGACAGCAGCAGGCUCAGUACAUUAUAAAUAGACAUUUGGAGGUGAGAAAACUUGAAAGAUUAGAAAAUCCGAAAAGAUUUGGAAAGAAAUUAGGAUUAGGUGAAUUGGCACCGAGGAAACCUCUUCCUCCAGUUGAACAAGCUACUCCCGAAUGUACAGCAGAGAAUCCAACAAGAGAGUCGACUGCAACGUCUAAAAAAGGUGGUAGCGCGAGAAGUAGUAAAUUAGCAUCUGAUGGAGGGAUAAGCAAAACCCGCAAUUCGGUAACAUUUAAGGAGGUGGACGUUAAACAACUUGGACGAUUAAAUCAUUAUCAACAACCCGUUAUCGGAUACUAA